AAUAAUGAAAACGAGAAGUCGAGAAGUGUGUGCCUGGAGUGGGAAGGAAAGAAGCAAAAAACUUUUAACAAAAACAAUGGCGUCGGUACAACAAAGCACCUCUGCUUCCUCUAAAAGGUGGCUUCCUCUCGAAGCUAAUCCUGAUGUCAUGAACCAGUUCCUAUGGGGGCUUGGGCUUCCACAGGAUGAAGCAGAAUGCUGUGAUGUUUAUGGCUUAGAUGAUCAGCUUCUCGAAAUGGUUCCUAAGCCUGUUCUUGCUGUUCUUUUCCUUUAUCCUAUAACCACUCAGACUGAAGAAGAGAGGUUGCAACAGGAACAUGAAAAAAGGGAAUAUAGCAGUAAAGUGUAUUUUAUGAAGCAAACUGUGGGUAAUGCUUGUGGUACAGUAGGAUUGCUUCAUGCUCUUGGCAACCCCACGUCUGAGAUUAAGCUUGUUGAGGGGUCAUUCUUGGAUAAGUUCUUUAAAUCUACUGCAAGCAUGGAUCCAAUGCAGCGUGCAAAAUUCCUUGAGAAUGAUGGAGAAAUGGAAGUUGCUCAUUCAGUGGCAGCAAAUGCUGGCGAUACAGAGGCAGCAGAUAAUGCAUAUGCUCAUUUUAUCUGCUUUGCUUGUGUGGAUGGUCAACUUUAUGAGCUUGAUGGAAGAAAGUCAGAGCCAAUAUCUCAUGGUCCAUCUUCGCCAAGUACUUUGUUGAAGGAUGCAGCUAAAGUGAUUAAGAGCAUGAUCCAGAAAAAUCCAGACUCCAUCAACUUCAAUGUCAUUGCUGUAUCAAAGAAAUCCAAGGAUGGAUUCUAAGGGCUAAGGCUGUCAAGUUUCAUGUUGAAGAAAUCCAUGUAUCUGCUUACUGAAUGUGCCAGUGCUAUGCUCAGAUUUUAUUUUCAUAAAGCGUCUAGGAAAUGGAUGCUCUUCGAUUUAAGAUUUAAUGCAGUGAGAGUUAAAAUAUCGUUGAUUAAUGGAUGGAGUUUUGAGACAAUUCAAUCAUGCGAA